AUGGCACCCGUUGUAGACAUGAGCGACAAGAACGCGUGGGAUGAUUCUCUGCUGAUCGAUUCCUGGGAUGAGGCGGUGAAUGAGUACAAAAAAUACCACAGUAUCCACCAAUCAGGCAAGAAACUUGAAGACGUCCUGACGGAGGAAGAGCUAAAGGAAGCACGGGGGGAAUAUGGGGACCUGAUGGAUGAAGCGGAGGCUGUAUCGGCAACAGCAGAGACCAGCGGUGUCGCGGAUCAUGAAGAUGUAGACACGCCGCUGUCAGAAACCAAUGGCAUUGCUCAAAGCGGUCCGUCGCCGCAGCAGUACCGAACCCUGUCUUACGAGAACCAGGAACCAGAUCUCUCCGGGAAGCAAGAACCGCAGAUCCAAUCGCCAAGUGCUGAGGCUCCUCCGGUGCCACAUGCUGCCGGCACUCUUGCAGAUGCCAUGCCGCAGGCCAUCCUUGGAACCGUGCAAGAUGAGAAUAUGAAGAACAUUAUGAUGUCCUGGUACUAUGCCGGUUACUACACUGGUUUGCAUGCUGGCCAGCAGCAGGCUCGCAAAGAGCCCCCAGCGACUCAGUAG